UUGUGGCCAAAAUGAACGAUUAUAAUUUAUAUUUGGAUUUUGAACGAAUCAAAAUGGAUGCUGGGUGUGAAUGAACUAUGUACUGAAAAACGAACAGCUUUUUAUCGAGUUGUGUCGUGGGCCCGAUUAUAAUCGGGAAUCCGGCAUCACGGUUUUGUUUUGUUGUAAUUUGGGCAGUGCUGUACUCGUGAAUGUGCCCUAGCAGGCGUGAUUGAUCGCAGUGGUUGCUAAAUUCGGUAGUCCCCCCGUCGGUAAUGUGUUUACGAGAGUAUUAGGCGAGCUUCCCGCAGGUGUCCCUAAUAGGAUGAGGACUCUGACGGAAAUAUUGAAUGUCGAUGCAAUUCAGCGAGUGGUGUGUGUCGGCCAGCCGCAGGUUCUUGGUGCGAAAUGGCGAGAAUAUACGGACUAAAGAGUGGCGCGUGUGCUCAUUGAGCGCGCAGAAAUGAAAUGCAUAUACAGGAAGGAACGAACACAACUCUGACAACAUGUACCAAAAUGACAGAAGAAGUAGACAGAAGACAUGGUGUGAAUGGUAACAGCAGCAGUAAGGGUGCCAACGAGGAUCCUCCAGUGCAAAGCGCCGCGCAGGCUGCCACGGGUGGAAGGCUCAAGUUUUUCAAAGAUGGAAAGUUUAUAUUGGAGCUGGUACGGGGCUGCGCGCGCGAGGGCGAGCGCUCCGGCUGGGUGUCGGUGCCGCGCAAGACGUUCUGGCCGCCCGCCGCCGCGCCACCCACUCCGCCGCACGCCGCGCCGCCCUGCGCCUCGCUGUCGCUCUCCGACGACAACUCGUCGCUGCACUCGUCGCCCUGCACCUCGCACCGUGACCACGCCUGGAAGCAGCCCACGCCGCGCCGCGACUUGUCGCGCGCGCUGGCCUUCUACUACUGCCGCCCCGCCUCGCUGGGCGCCGCGCUCGUGCGCCGCGCCGCGCGCCACAAGCGUCGCCGCCCCUUCGAUGCCGCGCCUGCGUCCGCGUCGCCCGACGCGCCGCCCGAGCGCCGCAACGGCGACGCGGCGGCCGGCGAGGACGCGGUGGACGGCCCGGCGGACGACGACCGCUGGGCGGACUGCGACCGCGAAAAGUACUAUCACAUGAAACUCAAAAAACCAUAUCAGUAUCAUAAGUUAAGGGUGUACAAGAAAACGAAGUCGCCGUUUAGGCCGAAGGAGCUGACGCGGACGAUAGACCGGCUGCGCGAGAAGAUCGCGUCGCUGCCGGUGCUCGUGAACGCUAAACUGGCCAGCUGCCGGCAGGAGCACGCCAUGGUGUCGCCGCGCAAGCGCAUCCUGCGCGAGAUGGAGCGCGUCAGCCUCGAGGACCAGGCCACGAAGCGGCGCGCCAAGACCGUGCCCGCGCUCAGCACGGGCCCGUGCGCGCAGCCGCCCGCGCCCGGGCCCAGCCGCGCGCGCACGCCCAACGGCACGGCGCCCGCGCCGCGCAAGGACGCGCCCAAGCACGUGAGCAGCUACAGCAUCCACUCGCUGCUCAGCAUGCCCGACGACGCGCGCGCCGAGCCCGAGCCCAAGCGCUCGCCGCACGCCUACGCGCCGCUCAAGACGGAGUCGCCGGGCAGCGUGACGUCGCCCGACCUCAGCCCCAGCCCCGACCACUACCGCUACCGGCACUCGGCGCUGGCGCUGGGCUCGCCGCGCGACUCGCCCACGCCGCCGCAGCCCGGCGCGCCCGCCUUUCGCGCGUACGCGGCGCCCGCGUCGCCCUACGCCGCUCGCGCCUGGCCCGCGCCGCCGCCCGCGUACCGGCGCGACGACUACGCGCAGUACGUGUACGGCUACGGCUACGCGCCGCACGUGUACCGCGCCCCCGCGCCGCCGCUGUGGAUGCACUACGCGCUGGCGCCCGGCGCGCCGCCCGGGCCCUGGGCGCCGCUGCCGCACCCGCUGCUCACGGACCACAUCCCGAAGGACGAGCCCACUUCAGAUUUGCCAUUGAACUUAUCGAAACACUGAAGUCGUCGUAGAAGGCGCCGGCGCGGAGCGUCCGUGUCGUAGACUGAUCUGAGCAGUGAGCACAAGCCGGCGGCCACGGGCGGCCACCAAGCGGAGAGUCGUGUGUAUUUGUUACAUAAACUUAUGCGAUAUAGAUAUUUUUACAAAAGUAAAAAAAGACUUAGAUUAGUAUUAACUAAAGUAUAAAUGAAAUUGCAAUAUCGAUUUUUAUAUUUUUAUACGAUCUGUAGCGUUAGUAAAAGAUUUGCUCGCUCGAAUCGAGGGUCUUUCUCGAGCAUAAAACUCUGUAGCGUCCGAGUAAAAUUGACCUGAUGUCACUCGUUUUAGAGUCGCAAAUCCAGUGCUUCUGGUGUUUGUUUUACAAACGUUGUCUCAAAAGCCAGAGCUAAAGAAUUUAUUAAUAAUAAUAAUAUUAAGCUAGUAUUUCCAUACUAGAAAAGACCCCUCGAUAGCGAGCAAGCAAAUGUUGUACUAAGGCUUCAUGGAGUCGGCCGCGUGCGAGGCGGCUCGCGUAGUCCUGCAAACAUUCCACUGUCGCGUUAUCGAUUGGCGCCGUUGAGUCCAAAAAUGCAUCCCACCUGCCGCUUACGGUUAUAGCUAUAAAGUGUCUCUCUGACGAGAGCGAACGAUAUUUUUGUAUAAAUCGUGAUUUUCCGGCGGAUCUGAAUGUCAGAAAAUCUAUUUACAAAGUUUUUGUAUAAUAUACUGAAAUCUUAUUUUAGUAUAGAAAUAUACUUACGAGUAUGUAUGUAGAGUCAUGCGUGUAUUUUCAUACGAAUUGUUUGAGCUGCGAAUUUAAUAUUUAAAUAUUGGCUAUUAUUUAGAGUAAGAUAGCUAAGAUCUAAUGGAAACAAAAAAAGAUACAGUUAUCGAUGUUAACGAUCAGUGCCUUGAAAUAAAUAAAGAUAUUAUGAACAUAUUUAUGAAUGAAAAGUAUUACACGAAUGAAUUACCUGGUUAUAUUAUAAUAAAUUAAAGAAAAUAAAAACAAAGUAAAAUAUAGGAUACUGCCGUUUUGCUAUCGUGAUUGUUUGUACCCAUUUUUGAUAUAUUUAUAAAUUAGGUGAAGAUUUUUAUUUCGGUCCAUAUUCAACAAGAAAUCAAUAAUGGUGUUAUAUCUCGAUCUCAUUAUUUAAUUUAGAAAAUAAACGAGGUAAAGACUACAGUUUUUCGGGAUCAAAUUUGGAUGUGUGUUUAUGUAACAUGUAUAAUAAAAGACAUUGUAUAUAAUUUGUGAAUGGUGUAUUAUUGGUGAGAGCGCCUCGAGCGCCGCGGCUCACGGGUUCCGACCACGUCGGCGAGAGUUUAUUACCUUCAAAUAAUAAAUAGUUAUUGUAAUUGUACAGUAUUUUUGUAUCGAGUAUUUUACGACGAAUAUGGUGAUUAUCCGUGUCUGUCAUGUUAGGGUCAAUAAAAGCCGAGCGAAAAACUCUGCUGUCAUGCUCGCGCACUCUUUUCACGGAUGUUUUAUCCGUAUCCUAAUAAAAUUGUUAUUACUAUGCAAAAAAGGAACUGGCUAGUUAACACAUUCCUGGAAAUGCAAAAAGCGAUGAGGCCUUCUUCAACCACACUACAUAAACACUGAUUAAGAGUAUGUGUCCAAUGAACAUUCAUACUCCUCUUAGCUGCCAUAUUCUUUUUUUUCUGGCAAAUUAUUAACCAGUUGUCUUUAUAUAAAAAGAAAAACAAAUCUCACAGCAAUUUCAUACUCACCGCUGUAUCGGUCACAAAAGUAGAAAACUUUAUUUUUGCAUACAAUAAAGUUUUUGACUUUGAAAAGUUAUUAAAUAUGGAGGCAGAUCAGCGACAGUUAAAAUUAUGCACCAGUAUACAGCUGUCAAAUUCUUGUGUUCUAUAUGAAGAUUUUGAAAUGGCAAUCUAUAAGAAAAAAUACAGAAUGAGGACUACAGUGAGUAAGAUAUGCUCUCGAACGCUAACGUAUCAAAUAAAAAAACGGCUCACACACCAAUUAAUGUCUUGUAUACUGUCUAUUUGAGUUGGUAGUUUCCUAUUUGGUAUCUGUUGGAAGAGUGUGCGAGCAUGCGGGCAGGGUUUGUUGCUGGGUGUGCGCUUUGCCCUAGGAUUAUGUAGAGCCGCGAGCACACUGCGGCCUCGGCAGCGCGAGGCCGCUAGACGAGAAGGCUUUGAGAUUAUAACGUAGAGUAGUAGUUUUCUGCAAUUUUAGUAUGGGGUUAUGUAAUAUAAGGACAGUUAAACGAAUGGUAAGGGACUGAAUACUGAUGUAAUUUUUAAUCAUAUAUGGAAUUGUGUAAAAAAAAAAUAUAUAGUGGUGUAAUGAGAGGCCUACUGUAACGACCGUUGUCCGCCAACAAAGUUGACUUAGUGUAAAUGUAGCUGUAACAUAACCUGCUCAAUUAAACUCUGAGUAAAGUAAGGGAUCAACUUUAUAUCAAUGUUAUUACUGGGGAUGGAACUGACAUUUCUAAUUUGUUUAUAUCUAAACUCGAAAGCCGAACUUGGGUAUCCAAACUGCGUACGCCAUCGCAUAAAAAUUUGUGUCCAAUCACAAAACUACCUCAAACCGUCGCGUAUUGUGAUUGGUCGCAAGCACAACGCGUUUGCUAGCCACCAAUGUCUAGUGUGAGAUUUCCCAUUUAUUCGAUCGUGGAAAGUUAACUACGAUAUGUAUUGAAACAAAAGAUCGCCAUCUAGAUCGCGGGAAACAGUAUUGUCACUAGAUGGCGCUCUAUCGAUUCCAUACAAAUCGCAGUUAACUUUCCGCGAUGGAUUAAAUAAAGAAUCUCACACUAGGCACUCAGACAGAUUGGAUGCUUUUGUUUGCCUUCGUUUAAGUAGUACCAGACCUUCCAGGCAUCGGGACGAACUUAUGUAUAGUCGCCAAGUAACUGGGCCGAAGAUAUGGUUGAUUGUCCAUGUAUAGUAUGGAUUCAGACCUAAAAUGAUUGCCCAGCUUACGUUCAAGAGAAUAAGUAGGAAAGAGAAAUUACAUAUCUUCAACUCUUUCCUACCUAUUAUGUUAUAUAGUCCAUUUUUUCUUACAUAAUUAUCUUUUAGUAUAAACAAUCUAUUAAUUAUUCUUAAGUGUACAGUUGAUUUUCCAACAAAAAUAAAAAAGUGCAUUGAAAUAUAUAAAAAUAGAUUAUCCUUGGGAAUUAAUGUUUUAUUAUCUCUUAGAACAUACGUGACGGCAAAAAGUAACGAAAAACAAUUUACAUAAUAAGACAAGUCGGAAAAAAAUACUAAAAAGACUAUACGUAAAGUCAGUUCUUACCACGGAGGUCUUUUACCACUUUGUCUUGACUACGCUUCGUUUUAUUGUUUGAGUUACAUAGUAGCGUUGCAUAGACAUGGUUAUUUAAUUAUUAAUAUAUUGUAUUAGAUUAAAUCUAUAAUAGAUUUGAUAAAAUUCAAAUUCACGUGAAUCUUAUAUAAUUACCUUAGGUUAAUUAAAAUAAUGGCUUUUAAGUUUUUAGCCUAUUAUGUUAAUUUAUACGCUACAUGGCCACUCUAAGAUAGGUAUAAGUCAUGUCACGUAAUAAGAGCGAUCUUUUGGUAAACACACACGGUUACCGACCGGAGGGCAACUCAUUGCGAAUAUCCUAUAAUAAAUAUUGUAGUGCGACCGUUGUCUCCCAUAUUAUGUUUUGGUAUAUACAAAAUGCGCUAAAGCGAUAACAGGAAGAUUAUUACGAUGCACCGUGUGCGUGAACAAUAAUUAAUGCAAUUAUCUAUUAUUAUUAUAUAUUAGUAGUUAAUAAUAAUAAUUUAUUUUUCCUCUGCUGGGACAUUUUGGUCCCAUCCAUCUAUCCGUAGCCGUACGAUUUAGUAUACCAAUACAAUAUCACGUAGAAGCAGACGGAGUUUUACUACCUCUCAAUGUUAUCAGAAGGCAACAUCUGAUAAUAUUGUAGACAUACGCUCACUUUUCUUAUUAUAGAUAUAAAAAAUACAUGUCAAUUUCAUCAAAAGGCUGUUUGUCAUCCAUACUAACAUUCAAAUUCUCUACUAAAUAAAGAAAAAUAGUAAAGAUAGUCAUUUUUUUGUUAUAAAAUUAUCAAGUUUGCACUUCUGUUCCAAUAAAACCAAAGACAAUUUAAAUCUUUAAAAAUUCAAUAUUUCAAAACAUGUUUAAUAUGGGCUAGAUCCUAGGCUAUUUGUUUAUAUAUUGUCCUUAAAAUUUAAAUCAUUAUAUUAUUAUUUGCUAAUAUUUAAUUGUAUAAAUUGAUACACAAUUGGAUAGUCAGUCCUCUUUUUACGUGACCUCUAUAUCUUUACCAAAAUUAUGUAUACAUUAGAUGUCCGAAUCACAAUACGUAUACGUUUGCCCCAUAUAUCACACUCGGCGACUAAACUAAGUGAGUUUUAGAGAAAACCAAACAUACUAUUUAACGUCUUCUUGUCUGAUAAAUUUUAUAUUUGUGGUUUGUAUUUCGACCAAGCGUGAUAUAUCCAAGGUUCGUAGUAAUUAAGCUGAUUAUAAAUAAUAAUUUAUAUAAAAAAUAUCUACGCAGCCGCAAUAAAUUUACAUACGGACCUAUUUACGAAUAUUACUAUGAAGUUCUAUAAUAUAUUCAAACGUAGUAUUGUGUAGUUUCUACAUAUCAGGGCCCCGAUUCUCUUUGGCGUUCAUAUUUUAACACGUUGGAAUUAAACUGGCUGAUAUAACUGUGUAACGGUUUCGCUCCUCGUUUAAUUAAAAGAAAUAGCCAUCGUCGCAUCGUCCGCCCUUGCUAUUACUUAGAUUAAGGCACGUAGAGUUUCCAGCCGUGUUUUCCAGUCUACAUCUCAUUAUCAAACAAAAUGAGGGCCCUGCAGGUUUAGCCAUUUUGAUCGUUAAAGCUUCAGAAAACUUAGGAAAUGAAUGUAAAAUGUAACACACAGAUUGUAAUGUAUUUCCUUAGUUAUUUUAAAGCUUUAACUAUUAAUUAUAUAUAGUCAACAAGUCUAAUUAUUGAGCGAUGACGUGAUAUCCUUAUAAGAGUUUGUGGAAUUUAACGUGUAGAACGUUCAAUUUAAUCUACACGUUCUGUUGCAUGACCAAUGUCUAUCAGGGUCUAAAUCACAAUCCCAUCCCAUAUAUUUACCUAGCAUACCUACGUGAAUUUAUGCAGAAUUCCUGUUAACUCGUUUUUCUUCGGUAUAUUGUAGCCUAAAAACUCCUUAUAAAAUCUUUUUUCUACCUAAAUGAAAAGUUACAUCGAAAUCGGUUUAGUCUUUCCCGUGAGAAAACCGCCGUGCCGUCGGAAACUAUGCUUUGGAACAAACAAUUUUUUUUACAAAGUGGGUUAUAUUCUUAUUAAAACAUAAGUAAGCCAGCUUUAUUUUUUUAUAAUAAAACGGUUUUUACCGAAUAUAUGACAGUAAAUUCGGCACUCUCUGAUUUGUCGAUCUAAAGGAAAGAUCUAGAUUUAAGACUUCAUAGUAAUUUUUAAUCAAAUAGGUUACAAUUGUAUGUCCUUACAGAGAUACAAUUGAUUGUCAAUACGGGUGUGAUAAUGAUUGUAAUACAAUAAUUCUGUAAUCUAUUUAUUUAAGUCUCAUGUAAACUUAACGCAGUCCUAUAUAAUAUGUUUGAGAAACAAAAAAACUAUAGUGGAAUCCUUUAGGUAUUUAAUGAAAUAAAAGCAAUCUUGAAAUGUAUUUAAAAUAUGAAUUAAAAGAAAAUCUAAAAACUUAUAUCUCGAUAUAUAAAUGUGAAUAUUAAUCUAAAUUCAGAAACCAUAUUUAUGGUUGGUCUAUUUUUUUUGAUAUUUUGUAGGAUUUAACAUAUUAAGCUAUGUUUAAGUAAAGGCCAAGUCGUCGCGUCUAACUAGCGUUCGUAGCGGAAAAGAAAGUCUCGUUCGAGUCAGUUUUGUGAUCUGAGGAUCUAUGGAUGCUGAUUAGACGCGGCAGAUUGGUCCUCGCUUUUAAACCAUUUCAAGAUUGUUUACUAUUUUUAAUUACCUACCAAAACGGUCUAAUAUAUUUACGAAUUACGGUAAUGCUACUGAACGAUAUAAAAACUACUAACAAAAAAAAGUACACACAUGUGCCAUUGAAAGUAUAUUUUUAUUGUAUUUAUAUAGGAGUCUUGGAAAAUUGAAAUCUCAGUUUCGUCCCCAACGUGUGCCGCUGUUGUUGCAAAUAUAAAUAUUUUUCUACUCAAACAUUUAUUUUGUAAUCAUCUAUGUGAUAGCGCUUUCCUUGUAAAGUGUUACGUGACGACGCAGGUGUCUUAAAAUCAACUUAAAACAUAUUUAUCAUGCGGAAUAGUUAUUAUCCAUUUAUAUUAAGAUGUAGUUAUGUACUCGAAUAAAUAUAACUUUUUAAAAUA